UUUUUUAUAUGGGUACAAAAAGAACAGUGAAACAAGCUGACAGUGAAGAAAUUGGUGAUUCGUCAAGUAGCAAAGUUUACUAUAAAGCCACAAAUAGAAAAAAAAACGUAGUCGAAGGAUGUGGCAAGGGCAAAAAUUCUCUCAAGCCAACAGCUAUUAAAAAAAGAAAGGUUGAACCACAAUUAGAUCAGCAAGGAUAUGAAAGCGUUUUCUUUAUCAAAACCGAAGGACUUAUUAGCCAAACAAAAAAGAACAAUGACGAACUCAGAGAACUUUUUUCUGGCAAUAAUCUUAUCAAUACUGUAAAGGAAUCUAUUAAGUUUGAAAAGCCAGUGCUGAUCAAUAUACCAGAUUUUAGUGAAAACAAAUUUCAAGAUCGGUUCAAUUUUAAAGAAGGAAAGUUACCUUUUAUCUGUAGAAAAAAUUGCAUUGAUCUUUUCAAUAAUGCCAUGAAUUCACUCAAUGAAGACAAUAAUUCUCGAG